AUGGUUACUUUUGUUAAAGUAUUAGUCAUAAAUGCACCUUAUUGGAUUUUGGGCACAGACUAUGAAAACUAUUCAGUAGGAUAUUCUUGUGGUAAGAUAUCUGGAAGUUAUGAAGAAAAUCUCUGGGUACAAACAAGAAUUUCGAAUCCAUCACCAGACGUUAUAAAUGCUGCUCUAAAUGUGGUAAAAUCCAACAACCUAAAUACUGAUCUAUUAAUAACCAUAGAUCAGAAAAAUUGUAGCAACGUUCCUGCGUAG